UUGUGCCAUUCUAUUCCUGUUAAAUCCGUAGAAAAUGAGAAAAUACUCGACAUUUUGGGGGAAACUUGUAAAUCUGAGCCAGGAAAAGAAGAAGGUUCCGAGCUGGAGCAGCCAUUUGCACAGGAUACAAGUAGCGUGGGGCCAGACAGAAAGCUUGCGGAGGAAGAGGACCUUUUUGACAGCGCCCAUCCGGAGGAGGGUGACUUAGAUUUGGCCAGCGAGUCAACACACGCUCAGGCGGGCGAGGCAGACAGCCUGUUAGCGGUAGUGAAAAGGGAGCCCGUGGAGCAGCCGGGCGAUGGCGGCAGGACGGACUGUGAGCCUGUAGGGCCAGAGCCGGCAGUUGAGCAGAGUAGCGCGGCCUCCGAGAACGCGGAGGCCUCUAGCGAGGAGGUCGCGGAAGCGCCCACGGAAGCCCCAAGCCCCGAAGCCAGAGAUAGCAAGGAAGACGGGAAGAAGUUUGCUUUUGAAGCUUGUAAUGAAGUCCCUCCGGCUCCUAAAGAGUCCUCAGCCAGUGAGGGCGCUGAUCAGAAAAUGAGCUCUUUUAAGGAAGAAAAAGAUAUAAAGCCAAUCAUUAAAGAUGAAAAAGGACGAGUCAGCAGCAGUUCCGGGAGAAACCUGUGGGUCAGCGGACUGUCCUCCACCACACGAGCCACGGAUCUGAAGAACCUCUUCAGCAAGUAUGGAAAGGUUGUUGGGGCCAAGGUGGUCACCAACGCCCGCAGUCCUGGGGCUCGAUGCUACGGGUUUGUCACCAUGUCAACAUCCGAUGAGGCUACCAAGUGCAUCAGCCACCUCCACAGGACCGAGCUGCACGGGAGGAUGAUCUCCGUGGAGAAGGCCAAAAACGAGCCUGCUGGGAAGAAGUUGUCCGACAGAAAAGAGUGCGAAGUGAAGAAGGAGAAGGUGUCCAGUGUCGACAGACAUCAUGCCGUGGAGAUCAAAGUAGAAAAAACCGUCAUUAAGAAGGAAGAGAAGAUUGAGAAGAAGGAAGAAAAAAAGCCUGAAGACAUUAAAAAGGAAGAGAAAGACCAAGAUGAGCUGAAACCAGGACCUACAAAUCGAUCUAGAGUCACCAAAUCAGGAAGCAGAGGAAUGGAGCGGACAGUGGUCAUGGACAAGUCCAAAGGAGAGCCCGUCAUUAGCGUGAAGACCUCCAGCAGGUCCAAAGAGAGGAGCUCCAAGAGUCAGGAUCGCAAGUCGGAAAGCAAAGAAAAGAGAGACAUCUUGUCGUUCGAUAAAAUCAAGGAGCAGAGAGAGCGAGAGCGCCAGAGGCAGCGGGAGCGGGAGGUCCGGGAGACCGAGAGGCGGCGGUGGCGAGACGAUGCCUACUGGCCGGAAGGAAAACGCGUGGCGAUGGAGGACAAGUACCGCACGGACUUCCCCCGGCCAGAUCACCGCUUCCACGACUUCAACCAUCGCGACCGGGGCCAGUACCAGGGCCAUGCCAUUGACAGGAAGGCACCACAGGGCUAUUCCGUUCGCCGCCUCUUCAUGAGUGGGCCGGAGGUGGCCCUGGGCAACCAGCUGUGCCCAGAGCGU